UGGGAUUUGACAGUUUGCCUGACCAGCUGGUUAAUAAGUCAGUUAACCAUGGCUUCUGUUUCAACAUCCUGUGUGUGGGGGAAACUGGCCUUGGUAAGUCCACGCUGAUGGACACCCUUUUCAAUACUAAAUUUGAAGGUGAGCCAGCAUCUCACUCACAGCCCGGAGUUCAGCUGAAAUCCAGUACCUAUGACCUUCAGGAGAGCAAUGUUGGUCUGAAACUGACCGUUGUGGGCACCGUAGGCUUUGGGGACCAGAUCAACAAAGAAGACAGCUAUAAGCCCAUCGUUGAGUUCAUUGAUGCCCAGUUUGAAGCCUACUUGCAAGAGGAACUGAAGAUAAAGAGAGUCUUGCACAACUUCCAUGACUCCCGUAUCCACGCCUGCUUGUACUUCAUUGCACCCACAGGCCAUUCCCUGAAAUCCCUGGACUUGGUAACGAUGAAGAAGCUCGACAGUAAGGUCAAUAUCAUUCCUAUCAUUGCCAAAUCUGAUGCCAUCUCCAAGAGUGAGUUGACAAAAUUCAAAAUUAAAAUCACGAGUGAGCUGGUCAGUAACGGGGUGCAGAUCUACCAGUUCCCGACAGACGACGAAUCGGUGGCUGAGAUCAACGGGACGAUGAAUGCCCACCUGCCGUUCGCAGUGAUUGGCAGCACAGAGGAGCUGAAAAUAGGAAACAAAAUGAUGAAAGCCCGUCAGUAUCCGUGGGGCACGGUGCAGGUUGAAAAUGAAACUCACUGCGACUUUGUGAAGCUGAGAGAGAUGCUGAUCCGCGUGAACAUGGAGGAUCUUCGCGAGCAGACCCACACGCGCCACUACGAGCUGUAUCGGCGAUGCAAACUGGAGGAAAUGGGAUUUAAAGACACGGACCCAGACAGCAAACCAUUCAGCUUACAAGAGACUUAUGAGGCCAAGAGGAAUGAGUUUCUGGGGGAACUGCAGAAAAAGGAAGAGGAGAUGAGGCAAAUGUUUGUCCAGAGAGUCAAGGAGAAAGAAGGUGAACUUAAAGAGGCCGAAAAAGAGCUGCACGAAAAGUUUGAUCGUCUCAAGAAGCUGCAUCAGGAUGAAAAAAAGAAGCUGGAGGACAAGAAGAAAUCUCUGGACGAUGAAGUCAAUGCGUUUAAACAGAGGAAGACGGCAGCUGAAUUGCUCCAGUCUCAGGCCCAGCAGGCUGGAGGAUCACAGACUCUUAAAAGGGAAAAGGAGAGAAAAAAUUCGGGUUUCCUGUAGAACCUUUCCCUUCGCACCAGAACCGAAUGCUCCCACAUUCAGUUAACAUGCAGUUACGCCACUGUGCCUAUUUGCCCAUCUUUACCCCCCCCCCCCACUCCCUUCCUCUUCUCAUCACUCUUAAAAAAGCAAAAGAGUCUGCAUCCUUGGCUGUCUUUUGGUGAAGAACCCAGCAAUAACCUGUGUGGAACUGACAAGAGAUGCUAAACGCUGCUAUCUGUUCCCUGGAUCAGUAGCACGUUUGCCAAGCGCUUUCAGAACUAGCGUUCUCUGUCCUAAAUUGUUACGAUUAUUUCUCAUGUUUGUUUCAUGGCUGCAUGGUAAGAGAGCACGGCUGCUUGUUGGUUGCAUUUAGUGCCAUGACUCCUAAGCCCUAUCACAGAUUGCCUGUGAAUGCUGUAGUCCUGCAUCUUGGUGAAAUGUGGCUGCCUAUAGAUAGAGGCUUUUUUCUUUUUGUUUUCAUUUCAUGUAUAAACAUCUAAUCCAUCAUUAUUUAGAUGUGCUUUGGUUAAUUUGAGUAAUUUAAGUGACUGUUACAAAACUUGCCGUGCUAGCAGGGAUGGGCCUGCGCCAAAACCCAGAGGAUGGAACAACCCUCCGCCCCAAACUUUGGGAAAACUCAAAUCAGGAUCCAAUCUUUGCAGCAAAAUCCCUGUGAUUUAUUCCCUUUCCCAAUGGUGGACUGAACCAAAAUGCCAGAUCCAAACAGCUGCCCUGCCCCCCUUUCUGGGAGGUUCAGAUCUGAUUCAGUCUAGGCUGUCCUCUUAAUUUUAUUGCCCUAUGACUGCGAUGGGUUGAAACAAACUCUGGAUCCGAACUCAGGGAACAUUGAUGGCUAGGGCCCAUAUUUACUUGCUAGAACAAACUGGUGUUUAUGAAGAAAGAUAUGUUGCAAUGUUUCCAUGUGAUUUGUUCUUCAGGACCUGUCAAUUUUUUUAUUUUUAAUACACAAAGUAUUGCCUAGAAAAGAUCAGCAUGUGUGUUCCUAAGCAGAUGCUGCCAAGUUGCUUACGUUUUCUAUUCAGCAAAAUAUUUUUUUAAUGCGCGAUUUGCACGGAAAGGGUGGGACUCUUGCCACUGACUUCAGUGGGGCCAGUAUUUCACCCCAUGGCCAGGUACACUUUGACCACUAAAUACACAUUUUACCACAGUCUGCAUGUAAGUGUCUUGUAUAUUUCUUGAUGGGGAAAUGUUUAAAAUAGUCUUCCUCAGACAGUGAAUUCUGGUUAACGUUACAUUUUUUGCCCUUC